AUGGCCACCCCCACCCCUCCAAGACUCAACCACGUCUUCCAUCUCCGUGGCCACAUUGGCAAAGACACCAUCAAUGCGGGCCAAUUCCGUUCCGGUCCACACCGACGCAUCACCGCGCUCGAAGGAGGUUUCCUACGAGGUAUCCCUGGAACCCGGGGUGAUGGCCUCGACGCAACUCUCAUCGCCGGCGGAAGCGAUUGGAUACUCUUUGACGAGAGCACAAACACGGCGCACCUGGAUGUGCGAACACAGGGCCGCACGAAGGAUGGACAGUGCGUGUAUAUUCAUUAUAAUGGAUAUUUGCGAACAGAUGAGGCUGCGCAGCAAUUCAGGAGCUGGAGCCCAGAUGCGAAGACGACCGAGUUUGGGCAGCAUCACUGGUGGAUUGCGCCGAACAUUGAAGUUAGUGGUAUGUUCGCACUCCUCCCGCGGAUGAAUGGUGACCGAUACAAGACUGACGAUAAAGCAAUGCAUAUAGAUCCCAACUUUAAAUGGGUCGCUACGACGCAAUUCAUUGGCCGGGGCCGUUGGUUUAAGGAGGGGGAUGUCCAGGCUGUGGAAUAUGAGAUUUUUGAGGUCGCUCACUAG